ACACCAUCACUCUCCACUACUGGAACAUCUAUACCAUCACUCACAGCCUUUAUGACCUCAGAGUAAACAGCGAGUGGCUCCAACACCCAAGAGUAGCGAGACAAUUGCUGCACUCCCAGGUCACCAGGCACUUCCUGGAACAACUUCACUGGUCUUGAGGCACUCUGGCAGGAUCCAAGGCACUCCUUGGCAGGCCCCUGAAGCAGCACUACUCCUUGACAAGCCUCCAAUAGGCACUUCAGGUCCCGAGGCAGGUUCCUAAGGCACUCCUUGGAAGGCUCCUGUAGCACUACUCCUUGACAAGCCUUCCUAAGACACUUCAGGUCCCGAGGCACUGUAGGACCCUGAGGCACUCCUGGGCAUUUAUCAUGGCUGAAGCUGCGGCGACCGAGGAGGCUGCUGCAGCAACACUUAAAGAGAAGAGUGAUGAGAGUGAAGGUGAUGCUGGAGUGCUCCAACAGCAGCAGCAGAAAAAGGAAGAUAUUGAGGAGGAGGAGGAACUUGAGUGUGCAGUGUGUUUGCAAAAGUGUGUUCACCCAGUUCGCCUCCCAUGCUCUCACAUUUUUUGCUUCUUAUGUGUCAAAGGUGUAGCCAACCAAAGCAAGAGAUGCGCCAUGUGUCGGCAAGAGAUACCAGCGGACUUUCUUGACCACCCGACUCUUCUCUCCUCCAUAGAGGUUGAGAAGGAAGAAGUUCUCCCAGGAGGAUAUCAGUGGUUUUAUGAAGGACGAAAUGGCUGGUGGCAGUAUGACGAACGUACAAGUUACGAGUUAGAGGCUGCUUAUGGUUCUGGUCAGCGAGCUUGUGAAGUUUUAGUCGCAGGAUUUCUUUACAUCAUUGACUUUGAUCGAAUGGUGCAACUGAGACGCAAUGAUCCUAGUAGACGGCGUCGUAUAAAGAGAGAUCUCAGCUCCAUUCCUAAAAAGGGUGUUGCAGGCAUUAAACUUCCAAGCCAGUUAGAAGCAGAAUUGUCAGCCCUUCACUCAGCUGCACAUGCUAUACAUAUACCAAAUCAGAGAGAUGCUACUAUACCUAGUGAUUUAGGAGAUAAUAUAGACUCGACAACAAACAACAAUGAUCUCUGCCCACGCACACCCACUGCUCCAAGUAACACCCCUCAGACUCCACAUACCCCAAGUGCAGCAAGCAGCAGCAGUGGCUCUCCUGAUACUACUGAACCAACUCAUUUACAUUCCUUAAAUACAGAUUCUCAUCACCAUUAUCACCAUCUUCCACAGCCUCAUCAUCAUUUUUACCAUCACCAACUUCACAUACCACACCAUCUCGCACAUAAUUUAAGCACACCUAAUGAUCACAGCACUAUAGCACACACCAUGCAUUCACAUCAUCAGCCUGGUCAUCACCAUCAUGUGUCAAAUCAACAUUCCUCUGUGUCACCUCCAGUAAACAGUGGACCAAAUGAAGUUCAUUCCUCGAGUAUCUCAGGAUUAACUCAGCCCACCACAGAUCUGGAAGCUGCUGUAUACCAAAUGGACCAACUGUCCCUUUCAGCAGAUGCUCCUGAGUUUUACCCUCUAGAUUCCACUGAAGAUUCAAUCGACGAGACAGAGCAGUAUCAUCUAACUCUUUCAUCAGAAGAUGAACAACUUUGAUUUUUUUAACUACAGUCCUGACAUUCCUGUGGUAGUAAAUUAUAUGGUUUUAUUACAAAACAAAAUGUCCUUUCAUAUAUCUCAUUUUACUGGGAAUUUUCCAUUUUGGAUUGCCUCUUCUGGGCUCAUGGUGACUUUGUCCAUGACGGUUUUAUAUACAGUACAGUACUUGUGUGUGUCAAAAUGCAUUAGCGUGAUGAAAAGUGUUGUCAGGUUCGUGGAAGUGCAGUUGCAUGCUACCUCUCAGUCAGCCAUGUUUCAAAGCUUAAAAGCUCUGCAUAUUGUCUGUGACAUGAAAUUUUGGACACGUUGAAUAUUGCUUUACAUAGCAGCAUUGGUAAAUAUUCAUCAUUUAUUGCAUUGUUUAUUGAGCCAAAUUAUAAACUGUCAUCUCUACAAAUAAUGUUUUAUUGUUUUUAUUUCAUUCAUGCCUUAGGUUUUAAAGUCGAUAGCCGAGUAGUAUCUAUACAGUGCUGGUUUUUCAAUAAAAUAUUUUGUUUAUGGAA